CCUCUCUCUUCUGGGUUCCGAUAACCAAUUUUACUCAAUUGAACAUUUUCAUAGAACUAACACUUAAGAAUGAGGGUUUUUAUCUACUGGCUAGCGAUGCUCUUAAUCCUUCACACCUGUAACUCCUACAUCCUGCUAUCCGCCAACAUGGAAGACGUCCGCGCACUGGCCCAACAGCUGGCCGCCUCUCCCGUGGUGGACCAGGUCAAGAAAAUAUGGCGCCGCGCCUCCACGCAGUUCAAGAGGGAACUGAACCGAAACUCCCGCAGGCGAGGCAUGGAAACAGCUGGGGAAGGUAAGGAUGUAUCGGGUAUUUGCUCCUACAUCAACGGGAAUGGCAUGGCUUAAUAUUAAAAAAAAACACAUGUGGCACUCGGGGACUGCCGCGGUGAAGCUAGCAUUUUUUAUCAACUUAUGCAAUUAUAAUUAUUUUUUUAUUUUAAUAAUUAAAGAUUUUUCUUUGAUAUUAUUAUCUUCAAUAGAAGUCGUUUUAAAUGUGGUACUAAGUUCAUAAGGUACUAAGAAGAUAAAACUUAAAAAUAAAACUAAAGUUUCAAAGUACAUAACGAUAAAGUUACUUGCAAUAAUGGUAAGUAUACCUAAUAAACCGUAUCUAUGUAGAAUUUGUUUGUAAAUAUUCAAUCUAACAAAAUUAAUCUCUAAAUGUAUCGCAUUAUGAUUUAUAAUAAAAAAA